GGGGGGGAGGAGCCUGUCCCCCGCGGGGGGGUCAGUCCGGUGGAGGAGUUGCCGCUGGGAGUGGGUGUGAGGCCCGGCUGUCGGGUGGAAGCUCCCCCCCUGUCCCAUGGGGAAGUUCCGGGGUGUUCCCAGCCGCGGGCCCCUGUCAUGUGGAAGCCGGAGCGGGAGAGUCCGGCCCCGGGCAGGCUCAGGCCGGCCGCUCCUUCUCAAUGUUUAACCCCCACAUUCAACCGCAUCGGAGCCGCCAGUCGGAGGAACUUGGAUGUGGUUGGCAGAGUCCGAAUGCAGAUAACUCCAGGGAUUUCUUCUUUCACUAGUUAGAGGUGAUUGAUUUCAAUCAUGUCAGGAUCGAAUCAGCCUGUAACGCACAACAGGCUGCGACCAGAGCAAAGAUUCCCCGCUCACACUCCGCCAUUUGAACUUCAUUUAACCAGGUCACAGACGGAUAUAGCGAUUUCUGAGUUUCCCAGCCACUCCAGGGGCUAUGGACCCAUUUUGUCUGCUGGAGGGCGAAACCAGCAGCUUCGCCGGAGACCUUCCCUCCUGUCCGAAUUCCAGUCAGCAACUGACCGGAACACUGAUCAUUAUAGCAAAUAUGAUCCACACAGCGGCUACCUGCUGGAUGCUGCUGGUCAGACAGAGGCACCAUAUUCCGAUAACAAGCGACCGAGGUUGGAUUUGUUGCAGGGUUCAUUGUUUCGACAUUCAUCCCUCUUGUCCCACGGUCCCCUCACUGGAGUCGAGGAGCUUCUGAAGGAGCGCUGUGUCUCCAGCCGUGUCAAAGCCCAGUCUCCUGUCGGUUUGGAAAUGGAGGUGGUGCUCACGGGCGUGUCAAAGGAGGAACUGAUUCAGAGUAUGGACCGUGUGGACAGAGAGAUUACCAUGGUCGAACAGCAGAUUAUCAAACUGAAGAAGAAGCAGCUACAGCUUGAAGCAGAAGCCACAAAGCCAGCAGAAGCUGAGAAUCCUGUUUCCCCGCCGCCAACUGAGCAGCGACAUCGCAGUGUUGUCCAAAUCAUUUACGAUGAAAACAGGAAAAAAGCGGAAGCUGCUCACCGAACUCUGGAGGGACUGGGUCCUCGGGUUGAACUGCCAUUAUAUAAUCAGCCAUCAGACACCAGGCAAUACCAUGAAAACAUUCAAAUAAACAAAGUAAUGAGGAAGAAGCUGAUUUUGUAUUUCAAACGAAGGAAUCACGCUCGAAAACAGUGGGAGCAGAAGUUCUGCCAGCGCUAUGACCAACUGAUGGAAGCCUGGGAAAAGAAGAUUGAACGGAUUGAGAAUAACCCGCGGCGAAGAGCCAAGGAAAACAAGGUGCGGGAAUACUAUGAACGCCAGUUUCCAGAGAUUCGCAAACAGCGAGAGCUGCAGGAACGUAUGCAAAGCAGGGUGGGACAGAGGGGUUGUACCCUCUCAGCAACUGUCGCUCGGAGUGAGCACGAAAUCUCUGAGAUUAUUCAUGGACUUUCGGAACAAGAGAACAUUGAGAAGCAGAUGCGACAAUUGGCUGUUGUCCCACCAAUGCUGUUUGAUGCAGAUCAACAACGCAUUAAGUUUAUCAACAUGAAUGGUUUAAUGGAAGAUCCCAUGAAGGUUUACAAGGAACGACAGCUCAUUAACCACUGGGGAGAUCAGGAGAAAGAGAUUUUCAGGGAAAAGUUCAUUCAACACCCGAAGAAUUUUGGACACCUGACAACAUUUCUGGAGAGAAAGAAAGUUGCCGAUUGUGUCCUUUACUAUUAUCUGUCUAAAAAGAGUGAGAAUUAUAAGGCACAGCUGAGACGGAACUAUCGUCGCAGAGGAAGGAGCCAGCAGCAGCAAGUGUCCAGAAACCUUCAGGAGAACAGAGGUGAAAAGGAGAAGGAAGUUGAGAAAGAAGAGGAGAGAGAAGAAAAGGGGGAAAACGAGGGAGAGAGUGAGAUAAACAAAGAUGAACUAAUGAGGGAGAAGGAGAAAGAAAAGAGUGGCGAUACAUCUGCAGAGGAGAAUGAAGAAAAGGAAGUUUCAGCAUCCAGAGGCCGUCAAACAGCCAAUAGCCAAGGAAGGCGCAAGGGACGGAUAACAAGAUCCAUGGUCAAUGAAACCAGUCAGGAGGAAACAGCAGCUCCACAGACAGCAGAAAUGGCAUCUUCCGAGCCAGUUGAAAGUUCUCGCUGGACAGAGGAAGAAAUGGAAGUCGCUAAAAAAGGUCUCCUUCAACAUGGUCGUGGCUGGGCUGCCAUUGCCAAGAUGGUGAGUUCCAAGACUGAGGCUCAGUGUAAAAAUUUCUACUUUAACUACAAAAGACGCCACAAUCUGGAUGUCCUCCUUCAGCAGCACAGACUGAGAAUGGAGGCAGAAAAGGCUGAGAAGAAGAGGAGAAAGAUCACAGCAGCACAGGGGGAACAAGUCUCGGCAACUCCUGCUGCUGAGAAUGAGGAUUUGGAAGCUUCUGGAGGGAGUGGGGAUGAAGAAGAAAUGACCGAAGAUGCAGAGGCUGAUAACAAAACUUCAGAAACAGAAAGUGUUCCCUCGCCAAUAUCAGGGAAUAAAAACAAAGGCUCAAGCAUAGCUAAUCCUGAAGAAACAGGAGAAAAUGAUUCCAAGGAAGAUGAGAAUUCUGACUCCAAACUGGAGCAUUCCAUGGAACAGGUCGAUUCUGAGGGAAACCAUAACAAGAAACAUAAUGAAGAAACGGAGGUUGGUAGCAUCAAAAUUGAGCAGCCACAGGACAGAACAAGUGAUGAUUGCCCAUCUGUGGAUGGGAAACUGGGAAGUGAAGAAAGAGCAGGAAUUUCAGAUGAUGAAACCACACAGGUCCCAAAAGCAGAAUCGGACAAAGUGUCAGAGACAGAGACUAAAGGCAGGUUGAACAGUAACAAUGAUUCCAGUGCUACCUGCAGUGCUGAUGAGGCAGAGGAUCAAGACGCUACUAAUCCAAGUAGGGUCCUGUCUCCCAGGCCAUGUUUAUUAAACUCUUCCUGUGAUGGGUUGAUGCCAUGUCUGCCCCAGAAACCACUGGACAUUGACAAGCUGAAGAAACAGGCAGCAACCAUCCCAUCCAUGAUCUCCAAUCUGUAUGAGUUAUCCGAGGAGGAUCAAAACUGGCGCAAGCAUCCAGAAUAUCAGCAGCAGCUCCAGUUGGAAAGAGAAAUCUAUGAUAGAUCCAGUCCUCAGGGCAGAACCAAGAACCCAGCAAAGGAAACCUCAGACAAAACAGCGCCGUUUGGCCCAAACACGGAUGGGAGGAGGAUGUGUGCUGAGCAGGACAUGAGGCUUUAUAGCUCACCGAGACGCACAGUAUCUCCAUAUUGCCCACCUCCCAGAGACACAUGCAGACCCCAUUCUCACACAGAACUCCAGGUGUUUUCCACAGCAGAUUUCCAGCCCCUCAGUCACCAAAUAUCAAUGAAUGUGCACAAGAAUAACCGAUUGCUGACAGCCAGACUAGCAAGAGCACAUCACAGUUCAGAUCCACCCCCUCUCAUUCCAACAUCCAGACAUCUGACUGGAGCAGAGCGACAAGGAUCCAUCACACAGGGAACUCCAAUGCCAAUGCUCACCACAGCUGCCUAUGAGCCAGAACAUGGCAAAGGUCACCCAGGGUUACUGCCCAUGGGUCUCCAAUGGCCAAUGGAUCCUUCCAAAUAUGCUUCGCCUCUGUGUCUGGUUCAAGGUGGAAGCAUCACACGGGGAACUCCAGGAACCAGGGUUCCCUCUGAAACUGCAUUGUCCUAUAGAGGCUCCAUCACUCAGGGAACCCCAGCAGAGGUUCUGUAUAAAGGAACCAUCACCAGGAUUAUUGCAGAAGACAAUCCCAAUAGGAAUGAAAGAGUGCAAAAGGAAGCCUCGCCGAAAGGACAUGUCAUCUAUGAAGGAAAAAGUGGCCAUGUGCUGUCGUACGAUGGUUUCACACCAGAAAAUUCAAAAGACGAUCCAGAGAGUUCUGCAGCCAUGAAUGAAGUUGUUGGAAUGAAACGGAGCUACAAGAUGAUGGAAGGGGGCAUCGCAUGGGGUUUAACAACACAGGAUCCACUUCCUUCCAGCUAUGAGGGGCUGAUGCUUCAUGCUGUUUCCAGGGACAGACUGGGUAACUGUGACUCUAAAGAACGUUCGCAGAUUCAGGGCUCAAUCAUACAAGGAUUGCCUCGAUCACAAGCUGAGGGCCAUGAUGAAUGUCUCAGGAGAGAAGCUAAGCAGAUUAAGAGGGAGAGCACGCCACCAAGAGGCACAUGUGAGGGAUUGAAGGCAAGGAGUCGAGAGAACCUGAUCCCAACUGUCAAAGAAGCAGGACGCUCAAUCCACGAAAUCCCUGGGCAGGAAUCCCGCAGAACACCAGAAACCUCCACACUAUCCAAAUCUGGCAAUGAUGGCCCCAUCCUACAGGGAACACCAGUAAAAUGUGAGAGCAGCACAUCUCCAUCAACAGUCAAGAAACAUGAUGUACACUCGCUGAUCAGCAGUCCAAGCAAAGCCUUUCACCCCAGGCACCAGUUGGAUGUGAUGUCUGAAGGUGGAAGAAGGUUGGACAGAAUCCUGUACAACGAGAGCCCUAAAAGUCGCUCGAGCCCCCUCAUUAGCAGCACAGGCUCCAUUAUACGAGGAUCUCCAGUCAUUAUGCAGGAGCCUGCAAAACCUCAAAUCAGCCCACAUUCCUACCAGGCAACUCCUCUGCAUUAUAAUGGGCCUUUACACAGAGGCUCUCCCGUAUCAGUGAGGGAAGCAGUUUUCCGACAGCAGGAAGGUGAAGUAGUUACUCAGGAGCGAAAGGCCACUCCUACCCCCAGGGAAAUGGUUUCUGCUAAAUCACCACACAGAACAAACCCAGAGCACUUCUCCCACAACCCAUACGAUCAGCUCCUUGGAAGGAUGAACGCAGCUGAUUUAUAUCGUAGCUCCAUUCCGCUGACCUUUGACCCUGCCGCUAUAGCACGAGGGAUUCCACUCGAUGCAGCUGCUUACUGCCUUCCUAGACACCUGAGUGCUGCCCCCGGUUACCCUCACCCCUACAGCCCGUUCCUGCUGCGAGGCGGCCCUGAGGCUGCGGCCAUGGAGAAUAGACAAACCAUUCUGAACGAUUACAUCACCUCGCAGCAGAUGCAUCACUCUGCUACAGCCGCUAUGGCACAUCGAGCCGACUUGAUUCGGGGCCUGUCCCCUCGCGAGCACGCACUCACUCUGGGCUAUUGUACCAACCCCCGAGAAAUCCUCAGCCUGUCUCAGGUUCCCCAUCUCCCAGUCCUGGUGCAGACUCCCACAGGGAACAGCAAUCAGACUAUUAACCGCUUCACAUACAUCCCAGGAGAAACUGCACAAUUCCCCACUCAGCCCUACCGCAGGACAGCACAUUCACCCGGGGGAGUCACUCCUAUCAGCAAAAUAACUGGUACACAGAGCUCAGAACGAGAUCAAGAGAGGGAGAAAGAGAGGGCCAUACCAUCAGUUGUAGUCGCCACUGAGCAUUCAUCUAUGUGGAGAGCUGGCUCUGAGGAAGGGAAUCAGCCAGCAGCUCAUCACCAGCUGCACACACGCUCACCCCUCUCGGCCCGUCCACGCUCACCCCUCUCGCCACACACACACUCACCCCUUCCGCACGAGACAGUCCAGCAUAGACCCAGUGUUCUCCAGAACACCGGAAUCAAACACAUUAUCACUCCUGUGGAAUCUGCAACCCUCUCAGUUCUGAGGCAUGCAUCCUCCGCCCCAUCAGCAAGACAGUCUCCUGCCCCUGCUCUCAGCCAGCAAUACCCCUGCAGCGACUCGGAACCCCUGCUCUCUGCUGAGGCUGCUGCUACCUCACUAACAAACAAUUCUCGGGACAGGGACAACAGGUCCAAACGGCUGCGAGUGGACAGCUUCCUGUCUGCGAAGCUUCCAGCUGCAGUUACACAUCCGAGUUGGUCAGUGCAGAGAGGAAUCGUCAACUAUGCAGAGACAAACCCGGUCGGUCAGUAUAACUCCAGCCAGGGGAAGCAGCAGUCUCCAGAACUGCAUGUUGCUGAUACCUGUAACCAGUGGAAUAAGGAAAAGAAUCGAAAUAAACCCUUCUCCAACCAAGAACAGGAACUGCAGGAAUUUGCACCUCAGACAGUCUGUGUACCGGGAAGCCUUAUCCAACAUACUGACACAGUUCCUGAGAAAAGCACCUCACCUGAACAGGCAGCUCACCCUGCACAGUUCCCCAAAGGGCAGCAACGCUUUGUGACACUGGCCCAACAUAUUGAUGAGGUAAUCACCCAGGAUUAUACCCGUAACCACCCCCAGUGUCUGAGCUCUCAGUCAGCCCUGCAAUCACAGAGGUCUCCCUUUCAACAGCUUCUGGCUUCAACUCAGCAGCCCUAUGGUCACUCAGGCAGGAUGAUGUCAGAAUCACCUGGGGAGAAAGGCAACACAAGGCCAGCAAGGUCCCCUGUGUGUGCGUCAGCAGAUCAGACUGAGGCGGUUUUCCCAGCGCAGAAUUUACGAGACCAACAAUUGUCAGAGAUUCUCUCAGUUCCUGCACAAUACAGGGACAUGGAGCCUGAACAAAGGAUGGAAUCGCGAUCUCCAGGAAGCGGGAGUCAGGCCCCAGCCUUCUUUACCAAGCUGACGGAGAGCACAUCACACAUGGUCAAAUCCAAAAAGCAGGAAAUCAUCAAGAAGUUGACUACAGUCAGUGGAGGCGAGUCAAUUUACAAUGUUGGGCAGCCAGGAACUGAAAUAUUCAACAUGCCAGUCAUGACAUCGGCAGGGUCAGUAAGUUCUAGAAGCCAGUCCAUGGCAGAUCAUUCCGCUAACAACAUGGGUUUGGAGGACAUUAUUAGGAAGGCCUUAAUGGGCACUUAUGAUGAUCAUGGGCAAGAGCGUUCAUCACGCAGUCCGGCUGCAGUUAACCCAGUGGCUGUCAGUACUAGCACCAAUACUGUGACUGAAGAACAAAAUGAAGACUUUCGCAGCUUUCCCGCAACAGGUGGAGGCAAGUUAAAAAUUGGUGUGCGCUCCAAUAGCAGAAAAGCCAAAUCGCCUGUGCCAGGCCUGGCCUAUUGUGAGAGACCAACCUCUGCACACUCAGACACUGACUGUCACAGACGCACUCCUUUAACCCAGCAGGUGUGGGAGAAUAGACCGUCAUCCACAGGAUCUGCUCCCUUUCCCUAUAACGCUUUGACAGCCAGACUACCCGCAGGGCUCUUCCCAACAUCUGUCACUCCUUCAGCAAUGAUCAUGAUGACUGCACCCAGCCAGCAGCACUCCUGGGGGAGAGACAGAGAACCUAAGGCACUGCUUUCUUCACAAUAUGAAACACUGUCAGACAGUGAAUAAACAGCAAACCUCAGCGAAAUGGAAAAGUGUGACAUGGAAAUACACCUUCACCUUAAACUGACAGGACAAUGAUUCGAAUUUGUGAACCAUUUACAAACCCAAUGCUGUAAACAUUGGUGCAUGUCCAUGUUUCACUGGUUGAUAUUUUCGAGCUAAUUACUAUCCUAUAUCCCAGACACAGAUAAAUCCACUCUCUGUAACUUCACCUUUCAACAAAGCAAGGUUUAUUUUUUAUUUUUUUAUUGUGUAAUUUUAAACUGCCCAUUUAAAGCUCACCUUAUCUUUCCAUCAAUUAAUAAAAAUGAAUUUUGACAAUG